CCUAUUUAAUGCAGAUUCAUAAUUAAUAACAACCUGGUGUCUAUUUCAGUCCUAAACAAGAUUAAUAACACUAAUAAGAAAACCAGCAAGGUGUUAAUAAUUAUAAUUAUCCAUCUGUCCCAUCAGGUUAACAGUAUAUUCCUCUUUAGCAAUAAUAUGGGCAGCCUAUGAAUAAUUAAGACUAAUAAUAUGUAUAUGGAGCACCGGUAGGGAUGGCUUAAGGAAUGCCAAUGAAACUACCGAGGACUGCAGAUGGUGUCAGAUUUCCAGUUGAUAUUGAAUGUCAAUUUUGUAAAAGAAACACAAGAACUAGAAUUGAAUAUAAAUCAGGAGGAAAUGUUUGUUGUUGUUCAUGUUUGCUACUGUUUACAAUUCCAAUAUUGGCAUGUCUGCCUUGUUGUUUGAAAUCUUAAAAAGAUGUUAUACAUUAUUGCACUUAAUGCAAUCAUCAAGUUGGUUUUGCUGAGAAGAAGUUUUGUGAUUGA